AUGCAGCUGUCCCUUACCUGGCACCGGGGCCACUCUUCACAAGGCCCGCGGCCUCGGCGGCGGGGGCCGCGGCGGGAACAAAGGCAGCACGUGUCUGGGCGGGGUCCGCCCUUCGCCCCGCCCGCCCGGCGAGCUCCGCUGCGCGGCGCCGGGACUCACGAAGCCGGGCUGCGCCAUGCGGCGCGGGCGGCUUCGAGGCGGGGACCCGGCGCCGCGCGCUCCCGCCGCCCGCAUGGGGCGCGCCCACUAGAGGCGCCACCGUGCGCCGCUCGAGCCGAGGACGCGAGUGGCCGCGUCCCGGCGGCGAGACCGAGCGGGCGGGCGGGCGAGCGGGCGGGCGGCGCGCGCGACCCGGGAGAGGCAGCCUGCCUGCGAGGCGCGCGCCGGGGCGGGGCGGGGCGGGCGCGCGCGGCGGGGACGCAGGCGGGGGCCGGGCGGGGGCGGGGCCGCGGCGUCUGCAGAACCUUGGACAGAAGCUGCGAGCCGCCGCCGCCGCCGCCGCGCCGAGCCGCGCCGAGCCCCGGGGCCGCGGCGCGCAUUGCGGAGGGCCUGGGACGCAGCGCUGCGCCUGCGGCCGGAGCCUGCCUGCGGGUAAGCCUGCGCGGAGCGGGGCCGUGCGCGCGGCCGGGUCCGGGUCCUGCUGCGGCGGCCGCUGCGGCGCUCGGCCGGUGCCGCAGUGGAAGCGCGGGCUGGGACUCGGUGGGGCCGCGCGGCCCGGGGGUUCGGGCCUCGGAGGUGCGGGCGGAGGGGCGCGGCGCGGAGCCCCGCCCGGGGCUGAGAACCAUCUUGUUUUCCACGCAGAUCCGCAGGGCUACACGCGUCGCGCGCGUCCCGGGAGCGCCUCCUUUCUCCCUGCGGCCGCUUCGGGCUCGGUAA